GGCUGAAGGGCUCUUGCUUACUGUGAUCUCCUUUGUGAUUGGCUGAGUUGCUGGACUGGAGCAGAAAGAAGUUGAGGUCAUAUUUUCUGCGGAUUUUUGUCCCGGGGUUAUUUUCUGCAGCAGCUGCUUCUCCUGGAGUCUGGUUGCCUGAGUUAUUUCCGUGUUUGAGGCGGUAUCUGGAUGAGCUCUGGGCUUUCCUGCUCUUGGAUAGUCCUGCACGUGUGGAAGGGCAGAAAGUAAAAGCUGCUCCUGCCUCUUUUUGCCGUCUCUCCCUCCAUCAUUGUCUUUGUCCUGGGAACACGCCAACCAGAGAGGGGGAGGGGAGGGGUUAGCCUGCAUGUCAGACGGGGAGAAAGAGAAAAAGUGAGUGAAUUGCAUGUGGCUGAGGGACACGGAGAGCAGCCGCUCCAGUCAGCUGAAGGAAAACAGCCUCUUUGGGUUUUUAUUCUGGGCUGUGGGUAACCUCUCCUUCGUGCGGGACGCCAGCGAGUGAGAGAAGGUGCAAAAAAAAUGCAGCUGGGGUGUCACAACAGUGGGAUGGAAAAGAGGGGAAAGGGGAGCAGAUGAAAGCUGUCCCACUGAGACAACCAGGGCCAUCGGACUCUAACUAAACGUGCUGCUGUCUCUGAAUCGCCCAGAGACGAGCAUUGGAGGGAGACCCGGUGGUACCGGUACUGGACACAGGUGUGGAAGGAUCCAGCUGACUGGGAAAGUGUUUGCUUUGAGAGGAGGAAGGACUCAGACAGACUGGACCGGCUCUGUCCCUGGGAGACGAGCAGAGCGAGGUGACCCGCAAUGGUUCUGAGUCCAAAGAGCUGGUGUACUUGGUUCAUAUUUACUGCCAGGGCCGAAGUUGGAUCGUGAAGCGCAGCUAUGAGGACUUCCGUGUUUUGGACAAGCACCUCCAUCUCUGCAUCUAUGACAGGCGCUUUUCCCAGCUGCCUGAGCUGCCUCGGCUGGACAGUCUGACUGACCAGACAGAGUCUGUCUCCCAGAUGUUGUUGGCUUACCUCUCUCGACUCUCAGCUAUAGCUGACAACAAGAUCAACUGUGGCCCCGCCCUCACCUGGAUGGAGGUGGACAAUAAGGGGAACCACCUGUUGGUCCAUGAGGAGUCCUCCAUCAAUGUUCCCGCCAUCGCUGCUGCUCACGUCAUCAAACGCUACAUCGCUCAGGCCUCAGACGAGCUUUCCUUUGAGGUUGGAGACAUCGUGUCUGUGAUCGACAUGCCACCCAAAGAGGACACCACAUGGUGGAGGGGCAAGCAUGGCUUCCAGGUGGGUUUCUUUCCCAGCGAAUGUGUGGAGCUCAUCAAUGAUAAAGUGCCGCAGUCCAUGACCAACUCUGUGCCAAAACCAGCCUCCCCCUCCUCCGGCCUGCCGCCUGCUUCAUGGAGUCUCUUCCCCCCCUACUUGGAGAUGGAGAGUGUAAUGCCGGACAGUGCAUGGGUGGCCGACCCGCUAAACCACUACAAUCUGAGCUCAGUGUCUAAGAAGCACGGUAAGCUGAUCACCUUCCUGCGCUCCUUCAUGAAGUCCAGGCCCACCAAGCAGAAGCUGAAGCAGCGGGGGAUCCUGAGGGAGCGCGUGUUCGGCUGCGACCUGGGAGAACACCUGCUCAACUCGGGACAUGACGUUCCUCAGGUCCUGAAGAGCUGCACCGAGUUCAUCGAGAAGCACGGCGUGGUGGACGGCAUUUACCGCCUCUCUGGGAUCGCUUCCAACAUCCAGAAAUUGAGGCACGAGUUUGACUCGGAGCAGAUCCCAGACCUGACCAAAGAUGUCUACAUCCAGGACAUCCACUGUGUGGGCUCGCUGUGCAAGCUGUACUUCAGAGAGCUGCCCAACCCGCUGCUCACCUACCAGCUCUACGAGAAGUUCUCCGACGCGGUUUCAGCAGCGACGGAUGAAGAGCGGCUCAUCAAAAUCCAUGACGUCAUCCAGCAGCUCCCUCCGCCACAUUACAGGACCCUGGAGUUCCUCAUGAGGCACCUGUCCCGCCUGGCAGCCUUCAGCUACGUCACCAACAUGCACACCAAGAACCUGGCCAUCGUCUGGGCGCCCAACCUGCUCAGGUCCAAACAGAUCGAGUCGGCCUGCUUCAGCGGCACGGCGGCCUUCAUGGAGGUACGGAUUCAGUCUGUGGUGGUGGAGUUCAUCCUCAACCACGUCGAUGUCCUCUUCAGCGCCAAACUCAGCUCCCUGAUAAGAGAGGGCACAGGACACAACUCCUUAUCUCGACCCAAAUCGCUGCUGGUUUCUUCCCCUUCCACCAAACUCCUGAGCCUGGAGGAGGCCCAGGCGCGGACGCAGGCCCAGAUCAACUCUCCUGUCACCGAGGACAGCAAGUACAUCGAGGUGGGCGAAGGUCCGGCCGCCCUGCAGGGGAAGUUCCACACCGUCAUCGAGUUUCCCACUGAGAGGAAACGGCCGCCCAUCAAGUCCAAAAAGUCUCCGGUUGGGAGUUGGCGCUCGUUCUUUAACCUGGGCAAAUCGUCCUCCAUGUCCAAACGUAAACUGCAGCGUAACCCCAGUGAGCCCAGUGAGCUGAAGGCCAUGGCCCUCCCCGGAGGCCGGGGCGACACGGCCACGUUAAGGUCUGCUAAAAGCGAAGAGUCGCUCAGUUCGCUGCACAACGUUGAAGGGGAGUCCAAAGUGUACCGCCCUCGGCGUCCUCGCUCCAGCAGCGACGCCCUGUCAGCCUCCUUUAACGGGGAGCUGCUGGACGGCCGGCAGCACUGCAACUCCUACGACAACCUGGACAGGACGGAUGACAGCGACGGGGACGACGGGCCCAUAUGUGUGCCCGCUCUGAUCUCACCUCCUCGCUCGGCAGGCGAAGACGUGGACCUCAGCCCGCCGGACAUCGGCAUGGCCUCUCUGGACUUUGACCCCAUGUCCUUCCAGUGCAGCGUCCCAGAAAGCAGCUACGCCGUCCCGUUGGACGAGUCUUCGCCCACUGCUGACGGCUCCUCGUUAAAGAGGAGCGCCAGCAGCAAAGGCUCUGAGCUCAUCACAGCCUCCUUUCCCAGCAGCAUGGCGGCUGCAGCAGAAAGCAGGACCCUGACCUCCUCCCUCUCCUGUACGGACAAACCCAUGCAGGCUGUGUCUCCCAUCAGAUGUGGAAAGGCCGCCGGUUUUAGCCAGUUUGCCUCCUUAGAGCUGCUCUCUUCAGAGAUCAGCGACGCUAAGCUAGCUGGACAGCCGUCGUCUCCUUCCUCGGCGCCAAAUGGGUCGGCGCCGCUCAAGGUAGCAGAGCCAUCGCUCAGCGAAGCUUUCCAACAGGAGCUGCACUCUAAGCUGGCGACCUUUGACCCUCUGGACAGAAGAGAGCUGGGGUCGGAGGAAGUGAUGGAGGAGGGGCCAUGUGGCGGCGGUGUCCAGGAGAACCGAGGAGUCCUCGUCGAGUCGUCAAAGGAACCCCCCCCUCGCUCCCUCGGCUCUGCCCCUCCUCCACCCCCUAAAAACGCUGCCCGCAUGUUGGCCCUUGCACUGGCGGAGUCGGCCCAGCAGGCUCCGCCUUGGUCCCCUGGGCCCCCCUCUGUUGUGUCCCCUGGGCCCCCCACUCGGGUGUCCCCUGUCCAACCACAGGACGUCUCAGACUGUCAGGACUCUUCAUAUCCACUGCAUCUUCCUCAGCCUACCUCUGAGGAAGAGGAGGGAACCAGGCGUCCGGUCAGCACCAUCAGCAGCACCUCUUCCGGCCCCUCAGCCCCCACCAGCACCGCCGCUCAGCCAGAGGCCGACUCCAGCCCCGCCGGCACUCCCCGCCGGCCCGGUUCCAACAACCGAACCUCUCCGACCAGAACUAGUCCUGAGAGGCAGGCCGCUGCUCCCUGCAGCUCGUCUGGCUCCACGACGCCACGGGGCAGCAGCAGAGGAGACCGACUGACCCAGCAGUCCGUCUGUGAGAUCAAGGCGGAGGAGUCUGCAUCACCUCCAGCCCGUCCAGUGCCACCAGAACCACCUCAGAAACCCGUCAAGCAGCCUGUCUCUCUUCCCCAAACCCAGGUCCAGCCUCGUCUUCCAGCUCAGCCUCACUCAGUCGGCCCUCCUCAGGCCCAGCUGUCUAAGGCUAGCGCCAGAGUCGCUCCAACCUCAGCAGAACCUGCUGAGAAGCCCUGGGAAGCCAUCAGACCCGUCCAGCCCUGCAAAGAGCCCACCAAACAGAGCGACUCCUACACACCCACUCCCCCCGUCCCCCCAGUCCGAACCCUGGAGAGCAAACUGGCCGCAGCAGCUCUGAGUCACAGCGAAGCCUCCUAUCAGACCUUGGGUGAAGGCCACCUCCCUCCUCCUCAUCCUCCUUCUCCCCGUAAGUCCGCCCCUCACCAGCCCGCCUACAUUUACCAGCUGAAGGGGGAGCCAGUCCUCGUGGAGGCUCCAGCAGCAGCGUAUUACCACCAGAGGUCUGUUCCUCUGGGCCCACUGCCCCUCCCUCACCAUUACCGACCAGAGAGCGUCACCCCGCACCCCUGUGGGUCCAAAUCUGAGCCUCAGAUAAGCUUCAGCUCCCGAUCAGACAGCAGGUACCACACUCUGGGUCCCAGGUCCUACCACCACUCCAUGAAGCUGAGAGGAACCCCCCGCAGUGUGCACGUCUCUCCCGGACCGGAGCAGCAGGCCUACAGCCACGACAGGACCCACGGCUACCCGACCAUCCGCAGGGUGCACUCCUUCCACGUCCCCCCCGCUGUCCGCUCCGUGCCCGUCCAACGGACCGAGGUCCCCCCUGAGGACGACAUGUUCUUCUACCACCGGCCCGUUUAUCCCUGCAAGUCUUACCAGCAGCCUCCUCCGCAGUCCUCCCAGACCGACUACCACGUCACCCAGCUGCAGCCGUACUUCGAGAACGGCCGGGUCCAGUACCGCUACAGCCCGUAUUCUGGAUCCAGCCCGUUAGAGUCGCCUUUCUAUGCCGUAGACCCUUAUGGCACAAUCAGAGUCCGGCACAUCCACUCCUACGGGGUCCGAGAUGCCAGCGUUGCUGCAGGGCGCCCAGGAGGGAAGGCGGCAGGGUACCACUACCUCUCCCGCCACAUUCUUCCGCCGGGGAAAGAGCACAGCUUCGUCAGCAGAGAUAUGCCUCUGGGUCACGGAGGGAAGGAAGCGCCCGUCUUACUUCCUUGGGACCUGGAGGAGGCGGAGCGGCUUCGCAUGCACUCGAUCCGCAGGGAGAGCAGGGCCAGACUGAAGCUGAGAGGACCUGUCCUCUCCCAGUAUGACAACGUUGGCCUUUUCACGCCGGCGGACCUCUCCGGUUAUGAAACCCUGCACCUUCGCAGCAAGUCUGACCCGGGCAAGGCUGUGCUGCUCCCCCUGGAGAGCAAAGAUGGACGCUACCUCCCCAGGCACAUGGCGUCUGAUCAUGAUCUGCUCAUCUACAUGGAGACAGACAAGCACGUCCACGGCGGCGGAGUGGUGGACAAGUCAGAGGCUGUUUCUAAGCAGAGUAGUUCUAAGAAAUGUCCGUCGUCUCACUCGCUUCCUUUGGGCCAUAACGUCUCCCAACAGCAAGAGAGCAGCCGCCACGAUCCAAGAUACGAGGGUGGGGAGGACAAGCUGGGCGGAGACGGCAGCAGGUCAAAACACCCCAACAAGAAGUCCUUACAACCGCGGUACAGCUGCCCCGAGUCCGACCACCACAACAAGAAACCCCCCGCUGGCUACCACAGUACGGAGGAGCGCGCUAACCCGGAGCGGACCCACGCCGCCCGUGAAGAACAGCACUUCACUCAGAGCAAAGACCUGGACCGGGACUACGCCUACGAGAAACUCUGCUCCAAAGCCGUGCAGUCCCACUACGACAACCUGGAUGACUACCAGCCGGCCCCCGCCCCUCAGGCCCCGCCCCAGAAACACGCCGGCUCCAGCACAUAUCCGGCCCCGGGGUUCCCAGCCAACCCCAACAGCAGAGCGUACUCCACGGCGCUGGGUCAGGGCGCCUUCAUCCAGACGGAGCGGGCCCAAAAGAGGCCGGAGCCCGAAGUUCGUCCCCAAUGAGGAUGUAGAGGUUUGGGGGAGCAGCCUCUGCAGGACGGUGGACUGCUUCCACCCCCGUAUUUUUGAUUCUCUGUAUUUUUAUUGACUUGUAAAGAAUAUUGGAGGCUUUUUACCACAAGUCCUGAAUGUACCUGAGAUUAUUGUAGAUUAUUGUCCAUGAGGUCACGGAGCUGUAACCCACUGAGACAGCAUGGAGAAUAAGACGGACCCAAGGUACUUUAGCAGGAACCCCAAAAAUGUCUAAUCUAUACUAGAUAAAUCUAUAAAUAUAUAGAGAUAUAUAUCAAUAUAAGAAGGGAUUUUAGUUCUAUUGGUUGGUUUAUUUUUUUAGCUGGGAGCAAGGAGCCGUUCUAUGUAGAGCAGCUCUAUAUAGUUCUGUUCUACCUGGAUCAAAUCUCUGUAGAUCGGUUCUGUCUAGAUCUGCUCUAUGUAGAUCAUUUGUUCUAUAAUUGAUCUAGACCAAACUGUUCUAUGAGAUCUAUCUAGAUCAGCUCGACAUAGAUCUGUCUCUAGAUCAGCUCUGUUCUGAACCUGCCGCCGAUGAGUGGAGGAUCUGAUCGGAGCUUGAUGGGGUUGUUGCCAUGGUUACCAGUGUUUGUUCUUCCUGUGCCAUCUGUUUUGGUACCGUUUAUCCAAACUGUUCUUUUUUUGUUUGGGGGGGGGGGUCAUCUUUUGGUGUGUUUGUGUUGGAAGAGGGACCAAAGACUCGGAGGCACAGCUGCUGCACAUAUGAGGUAAAGGUGGAAACGGGUGGAAAACUGUAGCUUCUGGGUGUUUUCUGUUUCCCUUCAUGGUUCUUUCAGGUGGAGGAGUUAAACAAACGAAGCCGUAACGUCUUCUCGCAGCGCAGGAGGGGAAAAAAACGCUGCUUUCUGGGAAAAACCAACUUGUUGAUGAGCCUUAAACGUUCCUGGAGUUCAGAUCGUUCCACUCCAGAAACCAUUUCAACACUUUGGAGCAGCUUUAGAUGGAGGACAUCUUAGUUUCCUGUUAACUCGGUUUGGGGCUCUAACAUAGUGGGGGGAGGGGGGUCAUCUUUUCAGACUAGCGAUAGACGUAUAGAACAUCCAUCUGUUACCCUUAUAUUAGCUCAAUGGAUGGACUCCAGGUGUACUCUAGCAGUUGAAGUUCUACAUUGCAGGUUGCGGCCCUCUUGCCUUAUCGAAGCCUCCUCCCUCUCAGACGCGCUGCGACACGAAGGCUCUCUGUACUUGAAUGUGAAAAAACUCAGACUGAAGGAGAUGAAAGUCAGACAAGAAAUAAAUCAAAUAAAAGUGUUCAGGAAUUGAUGGUGUGUGUGUUUUUUU